AUGUCUUCUCAAAUUUCAAACCUUUUUACUGAAGUUUAGCUUGGAGCUUUAAAAUUAAAAAACAGAUUUGUUGUUGCUCCUUUAACAAGACAAAGAACUAAUCCUGAUGAUGGAGUUCCUAACGAUUUAUUAGUAGAGUAUUACACUUAAAGAGCUUCAUUUGGUUUAAUUAUUACUGAGUGUAGUUAAAUUUCUCCUUUGAGUAACUGUUUUCCAGGAUCAGCUGGUAUUUUUUCUGAAGAAUAAGUUUAAGGGUGGAAAAAAGUGGUUGACUCUGUUCAUAGCAAAGGGGGUUUAAUAAUGCUACAAAUUUGGCACUGUGGAAGGGCAGUAAGUUUAAGCUAAACUGGAGGUAAAGCACCAAUAUCUUCUACAGACAAACCUGUUCCAGGAAAAAAUUAUUUUGCAAACAAUGAAGAAUAUGGAAAACCAGAAAGAUUGACAAAAGAAGGAAUUUAAUAGGUUAUUAACGAAUUCAAAUAAGGAGCUAUUAAUGCAAAGAGAGCUGGAUUUGAUGGAGUAGAGCUGCAUGCAGCCAAUGGUUAUUUGGUUGACUAAUUCCUACGUGAUGGGGUAAAUGAUAGAACAGAUGAAUAUGGAGGAUCUGUUGAGAAUAGAUCAAGGUUUUGUCUAGAAGUAAUAGAUGCUUUGAUUAGUGUUUUUGGAUCUGAUCGAGUCGCUAUUAGACUUUCACCCACAGGGAGAAAUAAUUACAUGUUUGAUUCUGAUCCUAUGAGUUUAUUACAAUACUUAAUUCCUUAGCUAGAUAGCAGAGGUUUGGCUUUCAUAGAAGUUAAAAGACACGGUGUUAACUAAUGGGAUGAUUCUUCUGAUGGAGCUAAAUAAAUACCAACUGAAACAUUUUUUGAAAUAAUGAGAAAAUUAUGUAAAGGAAAUUUAAUUGCAAAUGAUAAUGUUUCUAUUGAAGACAUGAAAAAUUAUUUAUCAAACAAUAUCUGUGAUGCUGUCUCAUUUGGAACAUUAUCUAUUUCUAACCCAGAUUUACCUGAAAGAGUUUAAAAUGGCUAUGAAAUUAACUACAAGGUAGAUAGAUCAACAUUCUUUACAUAAGGUGCUAAAGGUUAUACUGAUUACCCACUUGCAAACAAAAAUAUUUGA